UAUCCUAUCAUUAUAUUAAGACCUUAUUUUUAUAUGAUGGAAAAUAGCCAAAGUUGAACCAAGAAAAUUUCAUAGAAUCAUGGCGGAUAAUCUAAGGGUUAUUGCUGAUGAGGAAAAUGGCUACGGAGGAAGAAGAGUUCAACCUUUUGCCUCUACACCACUAGGGGCAGCUCUGGACAAUACUAACGGUGGAAAGAAGCAAAAUCCUACUACAUUCAGUAGGGUUUUGGGCUUGGAAGAGCUUUCUUCUUUAAAUGUAUGGAGAGCAUCUGUGGCCGAGGUUCUAGGCACAGCAGCCCUUGUCUUUGCUACAGACACUAUAGUCAUCUCCACCUACGAGACCGAAACAAAAACACCAAACCUUAUAAUGGCAGCUUUAAUCGCCAUGACAGUCACAAUUCUUCUCACUGCCACAUUUCCCAUCUCUGGUGGCCAUAUCAACCCUGUCAUCACCAUUUCUGCUGCAUUUACAGGCCUUGUUUCUCCUGUACGGGCUGCUGUAUACAUCUUGGCCCAAUGUCUAGGAGCCACACUAGGCGCACUAGCACUAAAAGCUGUGGUAAACAGCAGAAUAGAGGAAACAUUUUCUCUUGGAGGGUGCACUCUAAACAUUGUUGCACCAGGCCCACAAGGACCCAUCGUGAUCGGCCUUGAGACGAGUCAAGCUCUCUGGCUGGAGAUAAUCUGUACAUUUUUGUUCCUAUUUUCUUCAAUCUGGCUGGCAUUUGACAAGCGUCAGGCCAAACUUUUAGGUCAAGUCAUCGUUUGCAGUAUAAUUGGGCUGGUAGUGGGCCUGAUUGUGUUCAUAUCGACGACGGUGACAGCCACGAAAGGAUACGCAGGGGUCGGGAUGAACCCGGCUAGGUGUCUAGGCCCAGCCCUUGUUAGAGGUGGCCACCUAUGGAAUGGGCAUUGGGUAUUUUGGGCUGGGCCUGUGAUUUCUUGUGUUGCUUUUGCUAUUUAUACUAAGAUAAUUCCAAAAGCUGAGGUCCAUGCAUAAGGGUGAUAACUGAUUUACAUCCAUAUUUGAAUGUGGCAUUUAAAAUGGUCUCAACAAGUAAGAAUGCAUCUUUAUGCUGCUUUUUUAUGUUUUCCAGUUAGAGGCUUUUACUGUUGGGGCAUUUGCACUGCACCAAACUUAUUAAUGUCUGUUAACUUUAAAAUUGUGUUUUUGUGAUCCUGGCACAAUGAUGCUAAAAUGUAAUAUAUCUCAGUUUAUUAUCAGGA